AUGUUUCGAAGAACCCCGCUCGUGAAGCGGGCAUUAACUAGUUUAAGAAAUUAUUCCCUGAAACCAACAACUCCAAAUUCAUUCAAUGUUUUAUCAACUUCAUUGAUCUUCGUGGGUGGAUCUGCAUUAGGAGGGUAUGCAAGUUAUAAAUAUUUCCAAUCCAAACCUCAAUUGCCACCAAUUUCACCUCCAGCAUCAUCAUCACCACCAUCCAUAUCAUUAGGAUCUACACUUCCAUUAGAUCAAUUAGAGUCACCUCAAUACGCCAAUGAAGCAGAAAUUGAAUUGGCUAUUCAAGAAAUCAGACAAAUAUUCUAUAAAUCAACUCCAACUAUAGAGGAUGAAACCAUUCUUAUCAAUAAUUCUCGUGAACAGCUUGAUUCUCAUGCUGAUACUUAUUUCAAUUCUCAUCAUGCCUCUAAAUCAGAAAGAUCUCAAUACGUGGUUUAUCCUCGUCUGACGCAAGAAGUAUCAGAUAUCAUGAAAGUUUGUCAUAAAUAUCGUGUCCCAGUAGUACCAACUACAGGAAGAUCUUCAUUAGAAGGACAUUUCAUUCCAACUCGGGGUGGUAUUGUAAUUGAUAUUUCCAGUAUGGAUCAAGUGGUUAAAUUAAACACUACAGAUUUGGAUAUCACUGUUCAAGGUGGGAUGGGAUUUGAAGCCUUGGGUGAUUAUCUUGAAGAAUAUAAUCUUUUAUUUGGACCUGAUCCUGGACCUGGUGCUGGUAUAUCAGGUAUAGUCGGUACAAAUGCUUCUGGAACAAAUGCAUCUCGUUAUGGAGAAACUUAUAAAAAUAUUCUUAAUCUUACUGUGGUGUUAGCAGAUGGUACCAUCAUUAAAACCAAACAACGUCCUAGAAAAUCAAGUGCUGGUUAUAACUUAAAUUCAUUAUUCGUGGGAAGUGAAGGUACUUUAGGUAUAGUUACCGAAGCUACUUUAAGAUUACAUGUUAGACCAGUAUUGGAAUCAGUAGUAGUUGUGCCUUUUCCUAGCAUUGCUGAUGCUGCAAAUGCCGUCAAUGCAAUCUUAUUAAAGGGAAUCACUUUAAAUGCAAUUGAAUUAUUAGAUGAUGAAAUGAUGAAAGUAAUUAAUAUCACUAAUGAAACCACUAAAAAAUGGCUGGAAUCUCCUACUUUAUUUUUAAAACUUGGUGGAUCAAACGAAGUAGUAUUAGAUUCGUUAAUUGAUCAAAUUAAAACAAUUGCUACUGAAAAUAGUAGUAAGGAUUUCCAAUUUGCUUCGAGUGAUGAUGAAAAAACCGAACUUUGGUCAGCUAGAAAAGUAGCAUUAUGGUCUACUAUAAACCAUGGGAAAGAAUUAGACGAUUCAAUGCAAUUAUGGACUACUGAUGCAGCAGUGCCUAUAUCAUAUUUACCUCGAUUUUUAACCGAAACGAAAUCAGACAUUAAUAAUCAUGGAUUGAAAAACACCUUAGUGGCACAUAUUGGAGAUGGUAAUGCUCAUAGUUUCAUCUUAUAUACUGAAGGCCAAAGAGACAUUGCUCAAAAAGUGGUAGAAAAUAUGGUUCAAAGAGCCAUUAAAUUCGAAGGUACAUGUACUGGUGAACAUGGGAUUGGAUUCGGUAAACGUGAUUUCUUAUUAGAAGAAGUUGGACCUUUACCGAUUGAUCUUAUGAGAAAGAUCAAAUUAGCCUUAGAUCCAUUAAGAAUAUUAAAUCCUGAUAAAGUAUUUAAAAUCGAUCCUAAUGAAAAACCUCAAUAUCAUGGUGCUUUAGUGUCUACCGUUAACCCAUGCUAG